GAAAGCUGAAAGCCAAAGGGCAUCCUCCUACAAAAGCCUCCUUCAACCCCCCCGACUUCUCCAUUUCAAAUCCUUUUGGGUCCGUUAACGUUGAGAGAGAGAGAGAGAGAGAUGGCUAGAGCGAAUCGGCGUCCGAAGCUGGCGAGCACCGCCGAGCACAGCUCGUCCUCGUCCUCGUCCUCAUCGCCAUCGGCAACGGGGACGCCUCCACCAGUUGGCGAUGACGAGCAGCAGCAGCAUCAACCGGACUUCGAGAAGAGAGCUCGCGAUUUGGAGAUACAGAAUGGAUCUCACCAGAAAGAGAUUGAGGAACUGAGAAGCAAACGAAGUAAUUCAUCAGUCACUCCUAAUGACAGCAUGCGCAAGAUGAAGGAAGGCUAUCUUCAAAAGUUAAAUGUGCUUGAAGAGCAGGUUAAAGAAUUGAAGAAGAAGCAAGAUGUCCAAUCCCAACUUUCUAUGUAUAGAAGAAAAAGUGAAGAGAGCACAAAGCAUUUGCAGGACGAGAUUCAAAAGUUGAAAGCUCAAAAGGUUCAACUCCAAUGCAAAAUGAAAAUGGAGUCCAUGCAGUACAGGUUGUGCAAGGCUUCAUUGGAAAAGGAAAUCCUUCAGCUUAAGAAAGAGGGAAGGAGAAAUGACUACGAGAUGCAUAAACUAUUGGCAUUAAACCAGAGGCAAAAGUUGGUCUUGCAACGAAAGACAAAAGAAUCUUCUGUGGCUACGAAUCGCCUAAGACAACUUGUUGAAUCUCAAAAGGCUCUGUUGCAUAUGAAAGCUGGGUCCAGGAAGGGAAAUACUUCUGGGAUUCAGCUGCAGGCUAUUGAGCAUGAGCUUGAAGUCACAUCACAUAUAAGUGAGAUUUGUUCUGAAUAUGAACAUCAAGUAGAGAUGAUGGCAGAUGAGAUCAUGAAGAUAAAGGAAGAAGCUGAGUCACUAAAGCAAGAGAACCUCAGGCACUUGUUGGAGAACAAAGAACUCGAGUGUAGAGAAGAUCCAGAGCUGAAAGACUUGAAAGAAGAUGUAGUUAAACUGAGUUGUAUGCUUCACAAACUAGAAAUGCCAAAAGCCAAAUUCCCACCUCUGGAAGAGUUGCAGGAGGACUUGAGUCAAUCGUCCCUAUCAAUAGGGAGUAGCAGUGAACAAUCAAAUACAAGUACACAUAAAGCGGAAACUUGUGAGAAUGUUGCUGCCAAGGGGGAAAAUGCAUCAGCCAUAUGCUGCUCUUGUAGUAAGAAAUCUUUGUGCAAGACAAUGAAAUGUCAGUGCCGAGUGGCUAGGGGCAGCUGCGGGACAUCAUGUGGUUGUUCGCAUACCAAAUGUACCAACAGGAGCUCACUUGUGGCCAAGUUGAAUGAAACCAUCCCAACACAAGUGGACAAAGGAAAUGGACACUUGAAAUGUUCAGGCAGCGCCGAUGCAGAGAAGGUCCUUGAUGCUAACGAUGUGACGACACUUCAGAGCGUGAACGGGGACUCAGUUGCAGUCAAGCCGGAUGAAAUUAUCCCAAGAGAAGCGGCUGAAGGAAAUUCGAAAUGUUCAGGCAGUGCUGAAGCAGAGAAGAGUAGCAUUCUUGAUUCGAAAGAUGCAACCGCAACUCUGAAUGCAACUGUCACGGUGCCCGCCGAGACAAAUGAUAACUGUGGCCUUAAGAAGAUGCCUCUCUAUGAUAUUGCCAACACACUGAUGAAAACAUUUGCUUCAAAGCAUAACCAGAGAAGGAAAAGGCGAAACUGAGGUCCCAAAGUAGCGCAAUCGAAUGGCGGAACAGCCUGAAAUCCCUGGAAAGCCGGACUCUGAAGACUAAGUGCGCAGCAACGUCCAGUGGUAUAGCUGUCUCCUAUUGGCGAGGACCGACAAAACUCAACUGGAUCCCAUCCUCCAAGGAGGAGAGUGUGAAGCCGAACCAACUCGAUUAAGUUCCGACUCAGUUUUAUCCUGGUGGUUUGUUAUCUUUUGUUAGCAACCUCACAAUAGAGACCAUUGUUUGGAUAACUAGAAUCAAAGGUAUCACAGAAGCUGCCUUUUUGAAGUUGAUGAGGAGGUUUGAUUUGACAUUAGAGGUUCUGAUGCCACAUUCUUUCAUUGAUUAAUCAAUAGAAGUCUGAACAGAAAGUGAA